AUGGAGACAGAGGACCAAUCAGAGUUCUGCUUUCCCCAACUGAUCAACAUCUCCUGCAAGAAGCCCAUAACUCAUUGGUCUGAAGAUGUUCUUUGGACUGUUCUGCUGUCCAUUAUCUGCAUCUUCACUGUGAUUCUCAACCUGCUGGUCAUCAUCUCAAUCUCCCACUUCAGGCAGCUCCACACUCCCACAAACCUCCUUCUCUUAUCUCUUGCUGUCUCUGAUUUUCUGGUGGGCCUCCUGGUGUGGCCUGGUGAGAUCUACUUGAGAACAUCCUGCUGGGCGCUUGGUGAUGUGCUGUGCUUCUUACUUAACUAUGUGUCUUUUUUAAUCACAUUUGUCUCAUUAGAAAACAUGGCGCUGAUAUCAGCUGACCGUUAUGUUGCUAUUUGUGAUCCUCUGCAUUAUAACACCAAAAUUACUGUGAAAAAAGUUCAACUUUGGGUUUGUCUUUGUUGGAUCUUUGCUUCAUUCUACAGCAGCGUAAUAAUGAAAGAUGACCUGGCCCAUCCUGGAGGAUAUAUUUCCUGCUAUGGAGAAUGUGUCAUUGGUACUGACUAUUACACAAGAGUUGUUGACCUCGUUGUGACCUUCCUCCUUCCUCUCAGCAUCAUCAUUACUCUCUACAUGAGAGUGUUUGUGGUUGCUGUGUCUCAGGGCCGAGCCAUGCGUUCUCAUGUUACGUCAAUCAAACUACAACAUUCAGUCGCUGGAAGAGCAAAGAAAUCAGAGUUGAAGGCAGCCAGGACUCUUGGUGUUCUUAUUUUGGUUUUCCUUGUGUGUUUCUGUCCAUUUUAUAUAGUCAAUCUCACAGGUGACGGCAAAAUUAUCUCUUCAACUGCUAGAUAUGUUCUUUAUUUAUUUGGUUUAAACUCCUGUUUGAACCCGUUAAUCUAUGCCUUGUUUUAUCCGUGGUUUAGAAGAGCUAUAAGACACAUUGUCACUCUGAGCAUACUGCAGCCUGGCUCCUGUCUGACCAACAUUAUUUAG